ACAAUCAACACCCGCUAUUUUUCCUGCUACACCCCCAGCAGCACGCUCACCUCGACGGGAAACCAAAACACAGCAGCACCGCAUAGACGAUGGCUACCGUUACUCCAGAAGUCACCUGGGCGCAACGCUCAUCCAGCGACGACCCCGAGAAGAACUACAUAUACCUCACAAUUGUCGCCGCCGAUGUACCCGAAUCGGACAUGAAGCUCGAUAUCAAGGACCAGUCUCUCAGCUUCAAGGGCACCUCAACUUCCAAGAAGUGCACGUACGCCGUCGACCUGGAGUUCUACGCCGAGAUCGACCCCAAGGAGUCCAAGAUCAGUCACAGCGGUCGCGAUGUCACAUUAGUCCUGCGCAAGAAGGAACUCAAGGAAGAGUACUGGCCCCGCCUGCUCAAGGACAGCAAGAGGAUGCACUUCCUCAAGACCAACUUUGACAAGUGGGUCGACGAGGACGAGCAAGACGAGGCCCCUGAUGACGCGGACCUGAACGCGAUGAACCCAAUGGGCGGUGGUGGUGGCGACGGAGGCUUUGGCGGUAUCGACUUCAGCAAGCUUGGCGCAGGAGGUAUGGGCGGCAUGCCGGGCAUGGAGGGCAUGGACAUGAGCCAAAUGAUGGCCAACAUGGGUGGCGGUGCCCCCGGUGGUGAUGACGACAGUGACGACGACGACAUGCCCGAGCUGGAAAAUGACGAGGACAACAAGGACAAGGCGCCCGCAGCUGCCGCAUCAGGCGACAAGCCUAAGAUUGAGGAGGUUGCAUAGAUGGAUAAUCUUCUCGCGUCGAGUGUUUGUACCGCACGGCAUUGGGUGGGUGGCGCGCAUGACUGGCCGGCGUUUACUUCAGUCUUUGGGGAAGCGACUGGAGUUUAGUCUGAAAUGGCCAAAGACGAGUAUGCAUCUUUGAGCCGCUGUUUUCUUCGACAGUUUAGCGUGCUGAUGCGGAUAAUGAUUACAUUAUGCAGUACACGGCAAAACAUCACGAAUCAUGUUCUCUCCCAAUGGAGAAACAUGCACCAAUGAAAAUGUAUGGAGUUU